UAAAACAAAAGUAAAACCUCUUUUGAACUGAAAUUGAAAAUUUCUCUUUACAAAAGAAGUUGUUCUAAUUUCUAAGAUGAGUUGGAAUUCUCCUGGUCUUUGAGAUCUUCUGCUCCUAUGGCUUUAUAGUCUGUCAACUCUCUGUCUUUGGAAUCUCCUCUACUUUGAAGUGGAUACAAUGGUGCAAUAUAAGUUAAGUGGUGCCGAUUCGGAUCAGAAGCAGUAUGAAGAGGAACGAUGCAAAUCCUGUCGUGUCGACUACAGAUUCGAGGAAAGUAAUUUUUCAGCAGUUCGGUUUAUAUUCGAGUGCGGAUACAAGCUGAAGGCAACCCCGGUCACAAUCGCUUCUGCAGCAACCAUUCUUCACCGGUUUUUUGCUGAGGUGAACACCUCCUAUGACAGAUACCUGAUCGCAACGACAGCAUUGUACUUGAGCGGUAAGCUCCUCGACGACAAGCACAGGCUGAGGGAUGUUAUAAAUGUAGCACACCAUACUCUCCAUCGAGGAUCCAGCUCUUUGGACUUAAAAGAGGAGUACUGGGCAAGGCGCGACUCAGUCGUUCAGGCUGAAUUUUUAAUAAUGAGGGUCCUACGUUUUGAGACGAAACGAUUGAUGCCACACACAUACCUUCUUCACUACCUUGCCACGCUCAGAACUUGGAUCCCAAAAGGAACCUGGGACGCUGUACCAAUCUGCCAGGCGUCGCUCGCCUUUCUCCAAGACCUUCACCAUUCGCCAACAGUUAUCGAACACCAGGUCCAGCACCUUGCACUCGCAUGCAUUCACCUGGCAAUCCAGACAUAUGGCGUCGUCGUCCCAGCGGUCAAGGAGAACGAGUACUCAGACUGGUACACUCACCUCGCCAAGGGAGUCACAAAUGAGAUAAUAUGGAAGAUAAUUGAUACAAUAAUCGAUAUUUAUAAUUUCAAGUUCCCUAAGUGAGAUUAAAUUUCCUACAGACUAAUACACAAAUAGCAAAUUGCAAAUAUAUCAAGGAGAAAGUUGUUUUAGUUUUGUGUAUGAAAAAUAUACCAUUUUUGUUCAUAUUUUACUUAUGAAUUGUUACAAAAAUUAUCAAGUCACUGUGUAAUAAUAAUAUGAAAUAGUUUUAAAGUAAUAAAGUAGGAAUGGAAGGUAGUUUAGUUCAAGGAAGUGAUAAGAAAACAAAUAGAAAAUUACAUACAAUUUUGGACUAAAGCUGUGCUUGAUGUGUCCCACUUAACUGUGUCAUUUUUACAAUCUUCUACAGUUGUUUUUUUUCUACCUAGUCUCUGAGGUUCACCUAUCGACUGUGCUGUUGAUACUUUCGAUGAUAAAUUUCAUUUUACAAUAAUUUCAGUUUAUAUGUAUAUUUUCAGUCAUUUUCUAAUGUUUUAUUUUUCCAAGAAGCAGUGUUAAUUGUUAAUCAACUCUGCUGACAAUGAUAAAUUUCAUUUUUACAAUAUCUUCAGUUUAUAUGUAUCUUGUCUGUUAUUCUCUAAUUUUUUCUUUUUCCAAGAAGCAUUGUUAAUUGUAAAUCAACUCUGCUGGCAGUCAGGCUAGUGAGCUUUCCAGCAAACUCACGUUUGUAGGCAUGACCAAAAUUGCAAAAAUACAGAUGUUCAAAUAAUGUUCGUGUUCAUCGAAUUUACCUAAAAGAUAAAAAUGUUUCAUCCGAUAAAUAAUCUCCCUCACAUCCUAAACAUACUUGUCUCUGCCAUACUCAUUCCAUGGUUCUUCGGGUCAUCUCUAGCCUGUACAGUGUCUUCUGUGGUAGUGACCAAGUCAGUGAU